AUGGAAGAUUCUCUACAGUCUUGGACGGAUUCACAUUUUUCGAAUCCUUUCUCAACAGAUUCGGUCGGCGAGAAAACUUUAAAAGAGAGUUUUAUAUUUGAAACUCAUAAUAAGGUUUCUCGAAGUCAAAAGUCGACUUCCAAAGCAAGUGCAACAAGCGAUGCAGUCGAGAAACGACAUAGAUCACGUCUUGUACCUGUCACCACACAUCCUCUGAGCCCGCAAACGCAACCUUCUUCAAACGUAACCAGUAGUAAUGUUCAAAAAGCCUCACCAGGUUCACAAUCACUUACAACCUUGUUUAAUGAGAACGACAUCUAUUCACUUUUUAAAGCACAAGGACCGACCGCAAUCAGAAAACGUCGUAGCUUGCCGGGUUUUGACAUGGUUACUGAUGCACGUGGAAACGAUAUAGGAUUAGAAAAAAAACAGAUGGUUAUAGUUCACUCGGUCAAACCAUCGGAUACAUUGGCCGGUGUAGCAUUGCUUUAUGGAAUUGAGUGUUCAACCGAUUCAUUUAACUAUGAUCUUCAGUUAUCAAUUCUUAAAAGGGCAAACAAAUUAUGGACCAGUGAUUCGAUUCAUUUGCGCAAAGAAUUGUACAUCCCUCUUGAACAUUGUAAAAUAACAGCAGAUAAAGCUAACGUGAUAUUACAAGAAAAUUAUAUUAUUAUUACAAAUCGGUCUUCUGCUCUCCGAUCAUCAUGCACAUCUAUUUUCAACACUCGCAACAAUUCCAGUAAUAAUAUAGACCAUGUUGAUGAGUUGCCCGGUGCUUCGAGUUCAACAAUGUGGUCGUCAUCCUCAUCACCCAGUUCGACCUCCUCGUUAUUGUCAAAUCUCAAUAGGACAGAUAUCUCAAAUUUUACCAAUUACACUCGUGCAGAAAUACAAAAAUUACCUUCUGCACAACUAUCUUACUUUCCCCCACAUCUUUCGACAGCGAGUUCUGCAAACUCAAAUCUUACUUUUCCAUCAUCACCUUCUCCGAUGCCCGUCACAUAUCUAAGCAAGAGUAACCCUCAUGUUCAAGUUUCUGCUGUGAAUAGAUUAUUGGCCAAUUUAGAUGGCGUAGGUGAAAAAUCCAGAAAAAAUUUCGAUUCAGCUAAGCUCGAAAGGAAGAAGACGACUCGCGUUGAACUAUGGAAAAAUCGAUAUGAGUCAUCAAUAUUAUUGACCAAGAAAAGGGCAUAA